AUGGCCGAUAACGUCCCACCUUCGAGCUCGCACCAUCUCAAUCCUACUCCAGACCCCACCAUCCCAACCCUCAAUCUCCACUCCAUCUCAAAACCCGGCACCGCCGACUCAGUAGCCUCAAUCCCAGCACCAGCUCCAGAACAAUCUCUCCCAUUCACACCACAACCGUCAAACCAACCCGCAGACCAAGGCCCAGCAUUCAACAUGGCCAAUGAAAACACACCGACAAACCAAGCUGCCGGAGGCUCGCAUACCCCCGCCGCAGACUCCAGCAUCUCCGCUUCAAACUCGAACCCCGUGCGGCCCGGCGGCGCGCCAGCGCGUGUGUACAUGAAUGAGAAGAUCGUCCCGUAUUUGCUUGAGGGGAUGAAAAAUGUAACGAAGGAACAACCGUCGAAUCCUCUCCGCGUGCUCGGUGAAUUCCUCAUACAGAAGAGCAAUGAGGUUGAGGGCGGACAGUCGGGGAAGGCGCCGGAGUAG